UUCAUUCAUCACUUUAUAUAUCGUUGAUAUAAAAAAAGGAUAAAAUCAUGUAAAUAAAACAUAGUUUUCAAAAAGCAUUGUUAUACUUGUACACGACUAAGUACAUCAUUGGGGAUUCAGCUGCUAAAAGAAAAGUAAACAGUGUUUAAUACAGUGAAUCAAUAACGACUUCAAUAACGAAGUCAGAAAUGGCCAGAAAAGGCAACAGUUUGCUACCACAGUUUGGACUCUUAAAUUAUCUUGCUGCACUUCUGCUAAACAUCUUGUACUUUAUGGGUAAAGAAAGCAUCCAUUCUGCAUAUGACUGUGUAUCGACUGUGAAAACCAAAAGUGAAAGCAGUUUAUUGUUAAUCUGCUCUUUGAAUACUGUAAUGUAACCCAUCCGACAUUUAUACUAAAAUAAUUUCAACUCCUUACUGGAAAAUGACUAAAUCCAGCAAAGCGAACGAAGCCGUGUAAUUUGGGCAACUAUGGCUAGCAGUGGUACUCUCCAUAUAUGUAAAUGUGUGUUAAUGUACCCAUGUUGUGAAGCAAAUUAGUAUUGAAGUAAGAAUAUUUGCCCAAAACAUAAAUAAAAUUGAAGCAACUAUUUAGAUCAAUUGAUAAAUCACAACAUAAUGUACAUGUAGUACAGAACGGUUGUGAAGAAACUGUUCAAAUCCUUAAUCAAGUAAAUAUGCAGAUCACUUACAACAACAAAAAAGCAGUAAAAGAUGCUGAAUUCAGUUCACUUAAAUAGAAAUAAAGAAUAUAAGUGUUAAAUGUAAUUUUGAAUAAUGCUCAAUUAUUGGUACAUUUUAUGUAAGGAGUUUAUACUAAAGUAGUGCUAGCUCUGUCUGCUUCACUUACUGUUUAUUUACCGAUGGUUUAAACAAAGAUCAACACAUAACUUGUUACUACUGCUAUCAGCUGUAUGUUGUGGAGUAAAAUAUUGCCCUCUGAAGUUUAUCUAGCAGAACAAAUGUAUACAUUCUCAUAAAAAAUGGAAACGUUGCCUCCCAGUCACGCUCCCAGUAUAUACAGUGCUUAAGUAAAUAUGCUGUUUCCUCUUUACUUUAACAAAGAGAGCUCACUUUACAAAGUACACAAGUAGGUGCUUGUUUUUAAACGCAUUCCCCAACAGUAACUAAAAGAAAUAGGUUUUGCAUUGAGCUCAGCAUUAUGUGGUCAAACCAGUUGGCCCACUGGGUGAGACGUGUGUCAUUGUGUUUCAUCUCUCUCUCAAGCAAUUGCAUUGCUAGGGCAGGUCAAAGGUAUGUGGAUUCUCAUGAAUGGAGGUGGUAAACCUGUUUUUCAAGGCACAGUUAACAUUGACAGGAAAUCUUAACCCUAACACUAAUCCUAACCCUAAGAAUGUGUACCUUAUUGUUAACACAUUUAAUAAAAUAGCCAUAGAAAAUGAUGACUGUGUUAAAAAAAGGCAGUUCUGUCUCUAGAGUUAUUUUUUAACCCAGUGUUAAAGGUGGAGUCCUGUUUUGAUUAAUAAACAAUAGUCAUAGACUUUGCCCCUGUAGGUUGUGCUGGUUACACUGUGAUGAGGAAUUCAAAGCAGGGAGUUUCUGGAUUGUGUCCAUUUUAACACGAUAAGGGACUGUAAAGUGGUGAGACUAAAUCAGAGACACACAAAUGGAGAGAGAGAGAGAGAGAGAGAGAGAGAGAGAGAGGAAUGAGAGAGAGAGAGGGAGGGACUUCUUGGUCAGGACAGUGACGUGCUGUAUAGUGCAAGUUUCACAUGACUGAAACACUUGCUGUAACACUAAGUGUAGAGCUCAAUAGAGAGGAUAUACACUGUUCAGACUGGAUUACUUUAAACGGAUUACUAAACACAGCCAAAAACAACAUUGAAACCCAGGCAACAUCCAGUGCUGUGCUCUGGACAGCAACUGGUUGUUUUAAUUGACAUGCCAGAGUGCGGUUCCUGGCAGAUUAUCAUCAAGUUUGAUCCCUGUUUGACUUGAUAAACAGGGUUGUCAUGUCACCUGGAGAAACAUAUUUGUAGAAAAAUGCUGAAGGCCUCAAAUCUUAGCAUCGCCUGACAAAAUGUUUCCUCUUGGAUGGCUCAGUUGGUGCCUUUUUCUGACCCUUUGCAUGUCAACCUGUGGUUUGGAAAUAACUGACUAUGAUGGCAACGGUGUAAUUUGCAUACAGGCUCUCUCUGAAUGCACCCUGUGGGAUGGGGCGCUAAUGCCAGACCCUGAUGAUGCUGUAGAUGUCCAAAACCUGAGGCCAAAAUUCAAACUUUGCUGCAAGGAAUUAGCAGAAUGUACAUUAUGUCUGGUGAUAGACGCAGAGCUCUACAUCCAUCCAGAUAACAAAACAGAGAGUGAGGACCACUCUGGGAAUGAUGAGGAGGAUUACAGUGAUCCAAAAGUAUCUGUCACAAUCUGUUACAAAGCAGCGCAAACCAUGCCCCUGUGCAAGAGGGUGGAGUUUACGGUUAAUCAUGCAGCUCUUACGCAGUCAAACCUGGCACAGGUGUCCAUGGUAAUAAAUAAGCCAGUAGGAGUUUACUUCGGCAGUCAAUUGUUUGUUUAUUCAUCAGAUGGUGUGUCACAAGAAGUUGUGGUGCCUUCUCACGAAGAAGUGUGCUCCCAGCAGCCGCAGAAAUACACUGAAGAGUGUUAUGUGCCCACACUCAUCCAUGUUAUUAACUACACCAUGAAUCGAGUGGAGCUACAGUUUGCCGGAAGAAACCUGAGCUUGCACUCUGUGUGUGCCCAGAAUGAGGACAAUGGAAGAUGUCAGAUAUUGAACAGGAUGACCAUCCCACUGUACUCUGUGACGCCGUGCAUGUGUCUUCAGGCAUGGCGUGAGGAUGGCCAUCAGCGCAUUAAAAGCUGCCCCUUUGCAGGUAAAUUUGAAGAGAACAUGUGGCAGAACGUGUCGCUGUCUGUGAGCAAGGGUCAAAUGAAUAAUGAAGGUACGAUGCUGUUGUGGAACCUGUCUGCCCCCUGCCGUCUGAAGGGUGAAGUGUGGCCCUGUCACUGGCCUGCAGACCUCACAAAGGAACACUGCAGUGAGAUAAAGGGCUUUAGACAACAGCUGGAAAAUAGCACAUGGAAGCAAAACACCAAGGGACUCUGGGAGAAAACAGAAGUCUUUGAAGACAUUGACCUUGAGCUCUCACCAUGUGUGAUGGUGAAAGUAGAGGGAAAUGGACCUAAGCUAGGUCCAAUAUGUUAUAAAGACACUGGCAGGUGGCGCUGGAGUCUCCUGGUUGUUGCUGUGGUGCUGCCGGCUUGCUUGACUGCACUCCUUUAUUAUUUUCUUCGUGACUUUGUCAAGAGAUGGGUGUGGAGCUGGCAUCAUAAAGGAUUUGUAGAGGUUGGCAGGAAGGGUCAUGUGGUGCUGCUGAGCCCCCCAGAUGUGGAUUAUAAUGUUUCAGAGUCUGUAUGUGGGCUCGGCACUCUGCUCUCUAACCAGGGCUUCAGUGUAUCCGUGGACCAGUGGAGCAGGAAGGAGCAGUGCACUCUGGGGCCUCUGCCAUGGCUGUACUCCCAGCUGCUGGAGCUGAACCGUCUGGGUGGCAGAGUUGUGCUCGUAUUGACCCGCAAAGCCUUGGAGAGAGCAGAGGAAUGGACUAAUAAGCACAAAGAGGUAGACAACGAUCUCCCUCAGGUAUUGUCUCCUUACUCUGAUGUGUUCACGGCCUCCCUGAGCCUCAUCCAAGCGGACAAUCAGCUGGGCAGGGCUGGUGAACGUUUUCUCCUGGUGAAAUUUGACUCCUUCGCUGUGCACCCUCUCAAGGGACUACCAAAGCUUCUUCAGGGCAUUCCUCUGUUCCAGUUUCCCUCCCAGACAGAGGCCCUCUUCUCUGAGCUAACUGUGGGUUGAAAAGGGAGGGGAUCAGGUAGACAGACAUGGACAGUGUAGAAAUGGGUUGCCUCUGAAGGAUGGAGGGCAAAGACUAAAGAAGGACCAAAUCAGCAGAGAGCAUUGCCCUGUAAAUAUUUUGUUGACACAAACUUGGAGACAAUGCCUUUAAAGUAUCCAAAAAUAUCACACUGAAAAAUGAUUGUUGCUCGGUGCACAUGAAGGACGUGUUCUUGCAGAUGGUGGAUAUGAUAAAGAAGAGACACUUUAUAGAAUAACACUGGCUUUAAUCUAUAUUAUUGUCAACAAACCCCAUGACAAGACCAAAAUAAGCAAUAUGUUUGUCUCUUUCUCAAUAUUUAUGGAGAUAUCAGCACAAAACCUGCUCAUUGCUACUGAACACAUUCAAUAAUUGUCUAAAGCAUCUGGGGACUGUACUCAGCCAGGAUUGAAUUGUCUUUGUCAGGCAGGGACUAUUUUCCGCACUGUUGAAUAUUUACAACACUAAGAUGGUGUAUGAUUCAACAAUGGAGUGAUAUGGAUUAAAAUAAA